GCAAAAAGCCCCUGGGAGAGGCCAGUCCUGAUCAGUCCCGUUUGGCUUCGGCUCCAGAUCCUGUGCGGAGCGACAGCCGCGGUCGCAGUGUCCGCCACCGCGUCCGCCUCCGUCGUCGUCGGGGGAGGGGCCGGUCGGACCCCGGGGUCACUGCCGAGGAAUGAGGAGCGGCGGCCGGGCCCCGCGCUCCGCCCCGGCCUAGGGCCUGGCCCGGGAGUCGCGAGGGUGGAGGCCUGAAUUUUGAUCUAUGCACUGCCUUCAUCCAGCUGCCUGAAAGUACUUGAUGAUCACAUGACCCUGGACAUGGAUGCUGUCCUGUCGGAUUUUGUCCGUUCCACAGGAGCAGAGCCAGGGUUGGCCCGUGAUCUCCUGGAAGGAAAGAAUUGGGAUGUGAGUGCUGCCCUCAGUGAUUUCGAACAGCUACGUCAAGUUCAUGCUGGGAACCUGCCCCCACCCUUCAGUGAAGGGAAUAGUGGCUCCAAGACCCCUGAAAAGGGGUGUUCUGAUAGAGAGUCCACUCGCCCUCUACGACCCAUCCUACAGCGGCAGGAUGACAUCAUUCAAGAAAAACGCCUGUCUAGGGGCAUCUCCCACGCCAGCUCCAGCAUUGUUUCCCUGGCCCGGUCCCAUGUCUCCUCCAAUGGUGGGGGUGGGGGGAGCAGUGAGCACCCCCUGGAAAUGCCCAUCUGUGCCUUCCAGCUUCCAGAUCUCACUGUGUACAAUGAAGACUUCCGCAGCUUCAUAGAGAGAGACCUCAUUGAGCAGUCCAUGCUGGUUGCCUUGGAACAGGCAGGACGUUUGAAUUGGUGGGUUAGUGUGGACCCCACCUGUCAGAGGCUGCUUCCUUUGGCAACUACUGGAGAUGGGAACUGCCUUCUGCAUGCAGCCUCUCUUGGGAUGUGGGGUUUCCAUGAUCGGGACUUGAUGCUGAGGAAAGCUCUGUAUGCACUGAUGGAGAAGGGAGUCGAGAAGGAAGCACUGAAAAGGCGCUGGAGGUGGCAGCAAACCCAGCAGAACAAGGAGUCAGGGCUGGUAUAUACAGAGGAUGAAUGGCAGAAGGAAUGGAAUGAACUGAUCAAACUUGCCUCAAGUGAACCCCGAAUGCAUCUAGGUACCAAUGGAGCCAGUGGUGGUGGGGUGGAAAGUUCAGAGGAGCCUGUCUAUGAGAGCCUAGAAGAGUUCCAUGUCUUUGUCCUUGCUCAUGUGCUUAGGAGGCCCAUCGUCGUCGUGGCAGACACCAUGCUGAGGGACUCUGGAGGAGAAGCAUUUGCCCCUAUUCCCUUUGGGGGAAUCUAUCUGCCCUUGGAGGUCCCAGCCAGCCAGUGUCACCGAUCUCCUUUGGUGCUUGCCUAUGAUCAGGCCCACUUUUCUGCACUUGUGUCCAUGGAGCAGAAGGAGAAUGCCAAGGAACAAGCUGUGAUCCCACUUACAGAUUCAGAGCAUAAGCUGUUGCCCUUGCACUUUGCUGUGGACCCAGGAAAGGGCUGGGAGUGGGGCAAAGAUGACAAUGACAAUGUUCGAUUGGCCAGUGUAAUUCUGUCCCUAGAGGUUAAAUUGCAUUUGCUGCAUAGCUACAUGAAUGUGAAGUGGAUCCCAUUGUCUUCUGAUGCACAGGCUCCUCUGGCCCAACCUGAGUCUCCCACAGCCUCAGCUGGAGAUGAGCCCCGAUCUACUCCUGAAUCUGGGGAAUCAGACAAGGAGUCAGUUGGCAGUAGUUCUACCAGCAAUGAAGGCAGCCGGCGGAAGGAGAAGUCAAAGCGAGAUCGGGAGAAAGACAAGAAAAGAGCAGAUUCUGUGGCUAACAAACUGGGCAGCUUUGGCAAAACCUUGGGCAGCAAGCUCAAGAAGAACAUGGGAGGCCUGAUGCACAGCAAGGGCUCUAAGCCUGGAGGGGUGGGAACCGGGUCGGGGGUAAGCAGUGGCACUGAGACACUGGAGAAGAAGAAGAAAAACUCACUGAAGAGCUGGAAAGGUGUCAAAGAGGAGGUAGUGGGGGAUGGACCUGUAUCUGAGAAGCCCACAUCUGAGUCUGUUGGUAAUGGAGGGAGCAAGUAUAGCCAGGAGGUGAUGCAAAGCCUGAGCAUUAUGAGGAUUGCCAUGCAAGGGGAGGGGAAAUUUAUUUUUGUUGGAACCCUGAAGAUGGGUCACCGUCACCAAUAUCAGGAGGAGAUGAUCCAGCGCUACCUAUCUGAUGCUGAGGAGAGAUUCCUGGCAGAGCAGAAACAGAAGGAGGCAGAGAGGAAGAUCAUGAAUGGAGGGGUAGGGAGUGGGCCUCCCCCGGCCAAAAAGCCAGAGCCAGAUGGCGGGGAGGAACUGACUGCCCCCCGAGCAGAGUCCAAGGCACUGGCAUACUCUACUGGCUAUCCUGGGGGCUUUACUAUCCCUCGGCCUUCUGGGGGUGGAGUGCACUGCCAGGAACCCCGAAGGCAGUUGGCAGGGGGUCCUUGUGGGGGGGGCCUGCCACCAUAUGCGACCUUUCCCAGACAGUGCCCUCCUGGGCGACCCUACUCCCACCAGGACAGCAUCCCUUCUCUGGAUCCAGGCAGUCACUCCAAGGAUGGAGUUCACAGGGGUGCAUUGUUACCACCCCACUUUCGCGUGGCUGAUUCCUAUAGCAACGGCUAUAGAGAACCCCCUGAGCCAGAUGGAUGGGCUGGAGGCCCCCGGGGGCUUCCCCCAACCCAGACCAAAUGCAAACAACCGAACUGCAGCUUUUAUGGACACCCUGAGACAAACAACUUCUGCUCUUGCUGUUACAGGGAAGAACUGAGGAGGCGGGAACGUGAGCCGGGUGGGGAGCUGCUGGUGCACAGGUUCUGAGUGGAUGGAACCUGUGAGGGCAAGGGGGCCGGAUGAAGAAAGUUAAGCGCAACACACUGGCUCAUCAAGACCCAGCCCCCCAGGUUGAUGGGGCAGAUGCAGAAAUGUUUAUGGGAGCCUGGCUGGAAACAUACGCGUGUGCGCUUGAGUGCUGCCAAGUGGGCAAGAUCAGGUCAGGGUUGGAAGGUGCCUCAAGGGCUGUACUAUUCCUUUGUAGAGCUUGACUUGAUGGGACUGAGGAGGUACAAAGGGGUAGGGAUGGUAAUUCUGUCUCAAAACCCUUUCAGUCCCAUCCCAGGAUCUAAUGGAAAGUAGUAUGAGAGGGUUUGGUGUGUGGGAGUGGGAAGUGGACAGAUGUCUGGGGGAGAAACUGGUAAAGUAGAUUCUCAGUUAAUUAAAGAAAAAAAGAGACCAAAGUUCUUUUAGGUUGGAAUAAAGCACAUGGUGGUGGAGUGUGGAGGGAAAUAGAUAUUGGACAAAAUUUACUAUUGAUUUGAAUAGGGUAGUAAUUAGAGUUGGAUAAAUUCUACCUCCAGAAGGAUCUGGAAAGACAAGACAGUAAAGUGUGCUCUUGAAUGCUUGUUGGGGAAGGUAGUUUAAAUUCCAGUUUAUGGAGAUGGGAAGGGGAGGAAUUUAAAAGGGGAUUCUUUUUCCUCUGAAGUUUGAUUUCCUUCUGAAUAGUCAUCUAUCUAGUUUGAAAGGAGAUUGCCUCCUCUCUUUUCCUCAUCCUUUUUGAGGCUGAGCUCAGCUAAGUUAAGAAGGUUGUGAUUUUUUUUUUAAAGAUUUUAAUUUUAUUUAAAAAAAAAAUUCCUCUGGAAAAGAGAGUGAUGAGAAGAGCAGCUGUGUGUUGAAUUUUCUCCAGGUGAAUGGGUGCAGAGUGAUCUAACUACUUAGCAAUAACCAUAUGUGAGGGUCAAGUGCAUCUUGGGAGGGGUGGGAUAAGGACAGACAUUUGGCCAGACUGUUUCAAACAAAACCAAAAACCUACAUAAAGCACUAAUAUCCUCUGCUGCUGUUUUUCUGUAGAAAGCAACUUAUUUUAUUGACUAAUUUUUUUUAAAGAAAAGAAACAAAAGGACCCCGACAAACAAAACACUUUAAAAAUUAUUAUUAUUUUUUUUCCUAUUUAAGUGAUUUUUCUCCUUCCUCUCUACUUUUGGAGAAUGAACUUAACAUCCCGGCUUCUUUUGUUAAGCCAGAGCUGACCUUAAUCUGUGGUUAGUUUAUUAAAAUAAAUAAAUAAAUAAACUUUGUAAGAAGAGAUAUUUUUGAUAUUAGGACUGAAGUUGAAACAUGGGGUGGGGGUUAGGGCAAUUUAUAAAAAGGUAGUUAGAGAAAUAUAUUUUAGUGAACUAUAACCACAGAUCACAGAUAACUCCCAAUGAGCUGAUCUGUCUUUGGAUUUCUCCCUUUCAUUGACCCAACCCUAUUAUCCAGCAGAUAGGGAUGUAGACACAGUUGGGGGGAGGUCCUUUGCAUUUUGCACAAAGCACAAGUCUGGGCAGCUUAUGAUCUGGCCAGAACCAUUUCUAAGAGCUUUAAGCCAGAAGUCCUUCCUGGGCCAGUUUUCCGUUUCUUUAUAUUUUUUCCUGGGGGAAAAAUCAACUAUGCAAUUGUAUACACUCCUAGGUGCAUAUGGAGAAGGGGAAUAAUUGUACUUAAGUGUCCAGAGUUUUAAUUGGGGCUAUUUUUCUGUGCUUGAACUUCUUUGUUGAGGUAUGUGUUCAUCAGUGUGUAGUGGAAUAGAAUCCCCACAUUUGAUCCGAGGCGCACAAGCUGGGAAUGUGUGUGUUGGGGGUACUCUGAUUUGCAUAUGUUCCUUCUGCCCAGUCCCCAAAAGUUUUCAUCCCAUUUUUUCCCUCACCAACAAAGCCAGUCAAGACUCACUCAUUAGAACUGCUCAAUUUAGAAAGGUUCCUUUCUCCUCAACAAAGGCGAAAGUCACUUAUUUUCCAAAAUUGACUAGUCUGCUGAUUUAAUCAUUAACUGUGGCUAUUAAUUCUCAGGCAUUUAUUUGACAAUAGAUUGGUUUUAAGGAAGCAACGAGACUCCAAAGAAAGGGAUAUCUAUAAAAGAACCUAGCAUGAGAUGUGCACUCCCCUCAGGCACACAAUUUAAAUGAGUACUCAGUAAUCCAAUACUUUUAUAAAAGUUCAGUAUUUUUUAAAAAAAUGAACACCAAAAAUCCAUGUUGAACAAAAAUCAAAAUCUUGAAGACAGGAUCUGACCAAGGACCAGAAUUUGGGUGAGAGAAGUGAGGUUGGAUUAAUCAAGUAUGAGGACGGAUCCUGUCUUUAGUUAAAUGUUUGAAAUGUUGUUCAUCAUGAGUUUUUUUUAACUUUAGUUUUAAUUUUUAAAAAAUUGUGUCAAAAUAGUAUUUACCUGGGUUUUUAAUCACUUCUUCCAUUUUGUGCCCACAGUGAGUGCCUUGUUCACCUCACCCUAGUCUUGUCCCUGUUUCUGGGGUUGAAUAACACUGAUGAAUCUUCCAUGUGAGCCUCCAUCCCUACCAUGUACAAGACACUUAGUGGCUUAAACCAACACUGGGCUCUCCCCACACUCCCUUAGGCUUCCAUAUCAUAGGAUGAUGGCCUGGACCAAUAGAAGUGGAAACAGACCAGGGGUUUCCCCAGAGAAUAAAACCAGGGAAGUUGAUCCUCCAUUGGA